AUGGCGACAAUACAGAACGAACCACUCAAAAGGCCCAGAAAACGGUUCGUUGGAACGAAGCACGGCGACAAUGUCAGUACAGUAAAGGAAGAGCAGGGAAACGAAAUAGUCACGAAACCUAGAGCUAGGACGAAUGUAAGACGAGCUGUGAAUCAAGUCCCGGAUGAUAUACUACAGGAUGCGUCGCUCAACGAAGCCAUCAAGCUUCUGCCGUCAAAUUACAAUUUCGAGAUACAUAAGACAGUGUGGAAUAUCAGAAAACAUAAGGCAAAAAGAGUCGCACUACAAAUGCCAGAGGGCCUUUUGAUAUACGCAUUGGUGGUGAGCGACAUUUUGGAGCAGUUUUGCCAGUGCGAAAGCGUGGUAAUGGGUGAUGUUUCCUAUGGAGCAUGCUGCAUCGACGAUUUCACCGCUAGAAGUCUGGAUUGUGAUUUCAUCGUUCACUAUGCGCACUCAUGCUUGGUGCCAAUCGAUCUAACCCAGAUCAAGGUGCUAUACGUCUUUGUGACCAUCAACAUUGAUGAGACCCAUCUCAUCAAGACUCUGCGGAAAAAUUUCGCUAGUGGCUCCAAAUUAGCAACGUUUGGUACCAUUCAGUUCAAUCCUACUAUUCACAGUAUCAAAGACAAGCUCUUGCAGGGUGAGGAUGUGCUAUACGUUAUACCCCCUCAAAUAAAGCCACUAUCCAAAGGAGAGGUUUUGGGCUGCACAUCUCAGAGAUUAGAGAAGGAUCAGAUCGAUGCUAUGGUAUACAUUGGAGAUGGAAGAUUUCAUCUCGAAAGUGCAAUGAUACACAAUCCAGAUAUACCUGCUUACCGGUAUGAUCCUUACAGUCGUAAAUUUACCCUGGAAAGGUAUAACCAGAAACAACUGGUCCAAGUCAGGGCCGAGGCAAUCAGCAUGGCCAGGAAGGGCAAAACAUUCGGACUCAUUUUAGGCGCUUUGGGUCGCCAAGGAAACUUGGCCACCGUGAAAAACCUGGAGCAGAAAUUGAGAGCCGCAGGGAAGAAUGUAUGUAGAAUCAUUCUCAGUGAGAUUUUCCCUCAGAAGCUGGCCAUGUUCGAUGACAUUGAUGUUUUUGUCCAGGUGGCCUGUCCAAGAUUGUCCAUUGAUUGGGGUUAUGCCUUUAACAAGCCACUGCUCACACCUUAUGAAGCCAACGUCUUGUUAGAGCAAGAUCAAAUGUUUAGUGAGGACUAUUACCCUAUGGACUACUAUGAAUCAAAUGGUUAUGGCAGAGGAAAAAUUCCAACUCGUUAG